AUGCCUACACCAGGAACAUUCUACUGUGUACCAAAAUUACACAAACUGCCUAAACUGAUAGCCGAUGCGACUAAACCAAGAACGCCCCUACUCGAUACUCUUACUACCAUCUACGAACUAGCCAAAUCGCUCAACAUUAGACCACCAGGCAGACCCAUCAUCUCCGGCAGAGGCACACUGACAGAACAUUUAUCCGGAUAUGUCGAUUCAAUCCUUAACCCUCUUCUACACAAUAUUCCCAGCUACACACAGGACUCCACCCAUUUUCUUCGCAAGAUCAAUGAACUGAAAGAACUUAAAACUGAUGCUAUGCUUGUCACUUUGGAUGUCUCUUCCUUAUAUACCAAUAUCCCCCAUAACGAAGGUAUAGUUGCUUGUAGGAAUUUCCUCACUAGACAUAACACCGGACACAACAUAGAUAAUAUUUGCACUAUCAUUAAUUACAUCCUAAAACAUAACUACUUUACAUUUAAUGGGAAAUACUAUCUACAGACUAAAGGUACAGCUAUGGGGACUAAAAUGGCUCCUAGUUAUGCCAACAUAUUCAUGGCCACUUAG